AUCAUCAUUCAUUUCUCUGAAACCCUAUAAUGAUCCAUAACAACCAACAACAACAACUGUCACAGACAAUCUCUGAACACCAUCUCUUUUAAGUUUACACCAUUACUCAUCAUCAUCAUUCUCUUUGUAGUUCUCUUUUUUACUUUUAUCUCUCUUCUCUUACAUGUGUAAAUCUCUCUCAACAACCUCACUGCCGAACAGAAUUCGUUCAGUUUCAAAGGUAGGAUGAUGGCGGUGACUUCAGCUUGCAAAGACGGAAGCAAAAUAGCAAUGGACAACGGUAAAUACGUACGCUACACGCCGGAGCAAGUCGAAGCGCUUGAGCGGCUCUACCAUGAAUGUCCCAAACCUACUUCGCUCCGUCGUCAACAGCUUAUCAGAGAGUGUCCUAUUCUUUCUCACAUUGAGCCUAAACAGAUCAAAGUCUGGUUCCAGAAUCGAAGGUGUAGAGAGAAGCAGAGGAAAGAAGCUGGACGGUUGCAAGCGGUGAAUAGAAAGUUGCUUAUGGAGGAAAAUGAUCGGUUGCAGAAACAAGUUUCACAUCUUGUGUAUGAGAAUAGUGUUUUCAGACAACAUACACCAAAUGGAGCUAUUGCCACGACAGAUACAAGUUGUGAGUCAGUGGUAACAAGCGGUCAGCAGCAUCCACCAAGGGAUGCUAGUCCUGCUGGACUUUUGUCCAUUGCAGAGGAGACUUUAGCAGAGUUUCUAUCAAAGGCUACUGGAACUGCUGUUGAGUGGGUCCAAAUGCCCGGUAUGAAGGUUGGUUACUUACCCCUCUGUCUUUUAACUUUUCUCUCUCUUUUUUCACUUUAAUGUCUUAAUUCAUUC